GUGUAAAAUAUAAUACUUCAUUCAAUCAAUCAAUCCUCAGUGUUUACUUUUAUUGACUAGACGAAAAAUGACAUCCAUGUUCACCAAUAACCAAAGGCAACAAGAGCGGACCGGAAGAUAUGGUACUUCCAGAUUGCAAUACCUUCAGGAAUUGGUGACUCAGUUUCAGAAUUCAUCAGAGGAUGAAAUUAAAGAGAAGAUUUUGGCAAAUUUGGCCAACUUUGCCUAUGAUCCUUACAAUUUUAACUUCUUGCGCCAGCUAAAUGUUUUGGAACUUUUCCUUGACUGCGUAACUGAACCCAAUGAAAAGAUUAUAGAAUUUGGUGUUGGAGGGAUCUGCAAUUCUUGUGUUGAUCCAGCCAACGCUACAAUUGUAGCUGGAGUUGGUGGGAUUCCUCUUAUCAUUCAAUGUUUAUCAAGCCCAGUUAGGAACACUGUAAAUUAUGCACUCGGGGCGCUUUAUUACAUCUGUAAUGAAUCUAGAUGCCUUAACAUAUGGUUCAUUAUGAUCAUAAGUGGAAAGAAACUUGUAAAUAAACUUAUCUUUUUUGUAUUUCUACUUUCUCAUCUAUAUAAAAUAAGGAAAAAUAAAUAAGUAUCUAACUAAUAAGUAUCUAACUAAUAAUAACA